AUGAAGUCAUUUAUUAUCUUGCCCGGCAUCCAGAAUAUUACACCAGAGUUAAGUUCUGUAAAUGCAUUCUUUGCUGGACAGACAUCUGGUUGGAUGACAAAGAAACCUUGGGAUGUUUUUGUGAUCUUCUUUAUUACUGAACCCCAAAGGUACAGAGAAAAGCUUGAUUCCAAUGUUGCAGCUCAACAAGUAUUGUUAUUUGUUGACAAUCAUAUCAGCAGAGUUAGCUACUUUGGAUGUCAAAUUUUGAAAUUGUUCAAUAUUGAGUUGAUAACAUUUCCUGUAUAUUGUACUGCGGUUUUGCAGCCUUUUGAUGUCGGUUGUGCUGCAUCACUGAAAGCAAAUAUUAAUAAAUUAAAAUAUAAUCUACAAUAUUCUACUGAAACUUAUAAUAUCAGUAAUAUUGCAAAAGUGAGGCUUAAAAUUUCACGAAUUCUGGUAGAAGCAUGGGAAGAAUUCAGAAGAAUUGUCUUAAUUAAUUCAUUUGAAAAAAGUGGUUUACAUCCCUUUAACCCACAACGUGCAAUAGAUAAUGAUCUAACAAAUAAAUUGUCAAAUUCAAUACCAAAUCCCACUAACAGAUACAAUACAUCAAAUAAAAUUUUAACAUCACAAAAUGAAAUUUUCCAAAUCACUCGAUACGAAUUUGGUCAGCAUAUUCAAAACAUUAAUCAAUUACCACCGAUUACUAUUGCAAUGAUAAAUAACCGAGUUUCAGAAGGUAUUUUUGCUCAAAAACUGAUUAUAUAA